AUGGACGCAGAAUUGUUGAAAACGUGUGACCGUGAGAUAGCACAACUCGUUUACGACGCCAAUGAAAAGGUGACCGUUAGGCGGAUUAGCAAUACCUGGCACAUCGACUGCCGGCAGUCGGUGGAGAUUUUGCAGCAAUGGAUCGAUGCACAGAGUGGCAAAAGUAAACUAUCGCAAGAAUAUAUUCUUCGAGGCGUCGAUCCGAAUGGCAAUGUGUUUAUGACCCUCGCCAACGAAGAGAAGAGCGCAAAAAUCACUCAAAAAUACCAUGGCUGCUCGAAGACACUAUACUCGGUGGAAGUUCACUCGGAGGUUAGGCCUCUGAACGUUACGGCGGAUCGUGAGUUUGCCGUCAUCAAAUUGCGCCUCGAACCAGAGAAACGACAGCUGGAUCAACGACCUCCACCCGCCGCGCUCCCAACGCAAUCGGCUGUUUCGGUAAAACAAGACAAGAAACCAGCGAGCAAUAUGUUCGCAAAGGUCAAACCGAACGUGGCCGAAGUGAAGGAGGCAAAAAGCUCACCACCAUCUGUGGCGAUUAAAGCGGAACCGAAAACGAGCCCACCAACGGCCACGAAAACAUCGCCCAAGAAGCCAUCUCCCAAGAAGGACCAAACCAGAAAGCCGGCGACGGGAAAGGGCGCCAUUUCGUCGUUUUUCGCUGCUAAACCACCCCAAGCGGCUGCAUCGAAACCGGCUGUCGAUGUGGCGGUCAAACAAGAAUCGGAAGCUUCCACGGAAGCAACACACUCAAAGUCAACCACGGCUAACGGCGACUCGGUGCCCCAGCAAAAGCAGGAACACUCACGAAAACGAACCAUCCCCGAUGACGACGAGGAUGAGGACGGAGAGGCGAUCCCAAACACACCGCAAGAGGACAAGCGUGUUGCGAAAAAGAAGCGCCAGAGUAAACCGGUGCUACAGCGUCAGAAGCAAACGAAUCCGUCGAAGAAGUCACGAAUCUUCAAGCUGUGCGAUUCGUCCAGUGACGACGAGGAAACGGACGGUGGUGCGGAACGGCGGAAGGAGCGAUUAGUGGACUUCGAAGACGUUACGGACGAACAACCGAUGGAAGUGCAGGAGGAGCAAAAGCAAAAGUCGGUUUCACCGGAAAAGCCCACGGAGAAUGAUUCCAACAGUGCAAACAGCACGCGGGCAAAGGUUAAGAAACCGGUCAUAAAAACCUACCUGCAAGACGGAUACAUGGUUACGAUCAAGGAGUUUGAAAUGGUGUCGGAUGAUGAAUGCCUUCCGGUGUUGGACGAAGCUGGCAAACCUACCGUUAACGGCAAAGAAACGCCAAAUGGCAACGCGCAUGCUGUGCCACCGGAAACGAAGGAGACUCCACCGACACCAAAAACGAAGCAAGGAUCUAUAAAGAACUUCUUCGUCAAAAAGUGAUUCAAAAGUCGAACCAAACAGAAACGGUUCCGUUGUUUUCUAGAACACAUGUCGUUGAUAAGGUUGAACCCUUGGCAAAGUGGAAAAGUAUUUCUGCCUCAGUUAUAA